GAUAUCUCCCUCUCUCUCUCCAGGACUAUUCCUUGCUUCUCGGGUGAAGCAAAUCCAUUUUACGAGUCGGGUUGAGGCAUACAAAAAGGGCUUGGUUUUCCAGUGUACCAGAAGCCACAUAAUAUCCCAGGGUGUGAUUGGAGCGCGGAGUCAAGCAAUUGCAAGCAGUAAAACUGAAGACAUAUCACCGCUGGACACUGGCACACAGCAAUUUCUUUAAAGAUACCCAGAUUUGGGAAUAUACCAGAUUUAUAUAAGAACCUCCAGUUGGAAGGACGGGAAAGGGAAAGGAAGAAAAAUGGGACAUACUGUGUUAUCUCUUUUAAUUACAAUACUGUCCCAUUCCAUUUGGAAAAACGCCGAGGCUCUAUCCAUGGCUGAGGUGAAUGAACCAGGCCCCCAAGCAGCAGAACCGCAGAUCGCAAUGUUCUGUGGGCGCCAGAUUCUGCACAUGAACCUGGAAAGUAGCCAAUGGGAGCCUGACCCCCAGGGAAGGCAGGGCUGCUUCACGGAGCCCAGCCAGAUCCUGUCAUACUGCCAGGAGAUGUAUCCAGCUUUGCAAAUUUCACGUGUGGAAGAGUCUUUAAACCCUGUGACUAUUCCUGCCUGGUGUAAGAAAGGCUGGGGACACUGUCAAACUCAUCCCUUCAUUGUCAUGCCCUACCGAUGUCUAGUGAGAGAGUUUGUGAGUGAGGCUCUGCUGGUAUCCGACCGCUGUCGAUUCCUACGCCAGGAGCAGAUGGAGACCUGCGAAAGCUCCGUGUACUGGCACAACAUCGCCAAGGAGGCCUGCACAGCAGACAGGCUGGAGCUGCACAGCUAUGGCAUGCUCAUGCCUUGUGGUGACCGCUUCCGUGGGGUGGAGUAUGUCUGCUGUCCAGGGAGGGCCAGCUCCAGCGGGAUUGGCGAGGCCGCAGGGGACACCCUACAGCUCGGCUACCAAACUCAGGCACCGCUAGCUACCACCUGGAUCAGCAACAGGGCCAAACUGAGUCCUCCCACCCCUAGCCCUUCCACUGAGGCUGAAGUGUACGACGAGGACAUCAAGGAAGAGGGUGGGCGGGUGCAGGAGCAGGAGGAAGAGGAAGAAGGAGUGAAAGAUGGAGAGGAAUAUGAGUACCCCAUUGACCCCAGUGCCUACCAGACCUCAGACUACUUGGACUACUUCUACUAUGAAAAGAAUGGCCAGGCCAGCCGAUGGUCUCCCACAACUGCCCCCCUAAGGAGAGGAGACAGCUUUCCGACGCCACGGCCGACCGACGGGGUAGAUGUGUAUUUCGAGAUGCCGAGUGAUGACAGUGAGCAUGCCAACUUUAUGCGUGCCAAACUCGAUCUGGAAGAAAGGAGAAUGAAAAGCAUCAAUGAGAUCAUGAAGGAGUGGGCUGAGGCUGACAAUCAGUCCAGGAACCUGCCUAGGUCUGACCGCCAGGCCCUCAACGAGCAUUUCCAGAGUGUUCUUCAGACCCUUGAGGAACAGGUAGCUGGAGAGAGACAGAGGUUGGUGGAGACACACCUAGCCAGGGUGGUGGCCACUCUAAACAACAACCGUCGGCUGGCUCUGGAGAGCUACCUGACCGCCGUGCAGAGCAUCCCUCCCCAGCGAGACCGUGUGCUCCAGGCCCUGAAGCGCUACAUGGCUGCAGAACAGAAGGACCGCAGACACACCCUGAGACACUACAGGCACAUUGAGGCAGCGGACCCCCAGAAGGCCGAACAGAUGAAGUUCCAGGUCUAUACUCACCUUCAUGUGAUCGAGGAACGCAUGAACCAGAGCCUGGCCUUGCUUUAUAAGGUCCCCAUGCUAGCAGAGGAGCUGCACGAUGAGAUCCAAGAGCUGGUGAAAUCAGAGAAGGGAGACAUCAGCGAACUGAUGACUACGUCUUUCUCCGAGACGCAUACCACAGAGGAGCUGCUGCCGGCUGAGAGCGAGGAAGAGAAGGAUGACGAGGAGGAAGAGGAGAAGGCCUUUCAGAACCGGCCAUACCCACCGCACUUUGAUUCCCAGCCCAUCAAUAAGAAAGUCUCUGGAAUGGACGAGUAUGACUACACCACAGCUGAGAAAGUCCCAAAUUACGAGUAUGAAGAAAAGGUAAACUCUUCUGUAGAACUCAAGCAAGUAGUAUACAAGUCACCUGGUAUCCAGAGAGAUGAGCUGCAACCAGAUGCCCUGGAGACAUUUAACCGUGGUGCUAUGGUGGGGCUACUUGUGGUUGCUGUGGCAAUUGCCAUGGUUAUGGUGAUCAGUCUUCUGCUGGUGCGCAGGAAGCCUUAUGGUACCAUCAGCCACGGUAUAGUCGAGCAGGUAGACCCAAUGCUGUCCCCAGAAGAACGGCAGCUCAGCAAGAUGCAGAACCAUGGCUAUGAAAAUCCCACCUACAAAUUCUUCGAGCAAAUGAACUGAAAGGGAUGGAUGUGGCCACCUGGUUACUCCUGCAGCACUGGAUUCCCUCUCCCUCUUUUUCUCUCUCUCUCUUGCUCUCUCUUCUCCCACCGAGGGGCAUCGAAAGCACCUCUCAUAUUCCGAUACGUUGCUUUAAGAUCAAUAACAACAACAACAAACAUGACAAGCAAGUAAAUUCCCUUACCUCCCAAACCCUUCAUACAUUUUUGACAGUAAACAUUCUAAAAAAAAAAAUAACCACCAUCUUGUUUUUGUUGUUGUUGUUAAAAGCCGCUGAUUGAGUCUGGUGUGGCAUGUUUUUCAUUUGUAAUUUAAACAUAUUAUCUAGUGUGAGAACAGGGGUUUAUCACGGAGAUGAAGAUUCUGCGAAGUCUCGGAAAUCUCCCUGUUUGUAUGAAUCAGAGUCAGUUGUUUAAAAAAAUAUAUUUUAUGUUGUACAGUAGUAGUACAUUUCGUGAAUAUAAUUUUGAUUAUAGCUGGAAAGUUUUUUUCAGUGAAAUACUGUAACAGGAACACAACAAAAGCUCACAUAUUGUGCACUUAAUAAUAAACCCUGACCCUCAUUCGCCUUUUAGUAAAUAGACAUUCCUGUUGUGACCCCCAAUGCCACUGUAGUAGAUUAUGAAAUCCUACUUCUAAAAAGGAAAAACUAAGAAACAAAGUAUAACAAAACGUGUGUGUGUGAGAAAAGUAAAAGAUUUGAGAUAAAACUUUUUUUGCUCAAUAAUUUUUAAUUGGGUAUAAUUGCAUCAUUAUUAUGAGAAACUCCCGUUUCCUAGAAAUCCAUAAAAUAAUUUACAUUCCCUUUUAGACAUUUAAAUUCAAGCUGUAGCUGCCAGCUACAAAUGUGGCUCAGAUUAAAUUACUGAAUUAACCCAAAACAUUAACUGUUUCUCGUUUUUGUUUGCUGCUGCCGCCUAAAAAGUCUUUAAUCUAUAAUCAAAUGUCCUUAAUUAAAAAAAGCAUGAAAAUUUAAUGUAUAAUGCUACCGUAUUUGUGUUGUUCCUGUUUUUGCUUUUUAUAUAAGAAUAAUGUUGCAGUGUAAUCAAAAAUAUAAAUACAAAGGUAAUUGAAAAAUGUAACCUUUCGUUAUUAAUUUGCAUCCGUGCAAUGUAUGAAGAUUAAAAAUAACAAAAAAAUUACAUAUCAUACAUAUGUAUUUACAUAUAUAUGUAUGUAUAUGUACACACACAUUUUAUAUAUACAGACACACACACACAGAUAUAUGAAAACAUACACUUUGUGCUGCUCAGAGUGGGAAAGAAUUUUUAAAACAUGGCUGAUUGAAAACGGACUGUUGUAAAAACCAGCACAGCACAGAUGACAGUGUAGUUACUUCUGACUGAAUGUAUUUUAAGUAGACUUUAAGUUCUUCAAAUGUGCACCACCAUAUAAUAGAUCCCUUUUUAGGGAAAAUUUAUUAAUGAGCUCAUUACACUGUAGGCUUUUUGGAUUAUUCUAAAGUUGUUUGUUUCUUUCUGAAAAUAAAUUAAUUGUGAUUUUUAUUUGCAUAUAACAAUGUGGUGCAAAUCUGGAGUGCACAGAAAAACAUUUAAGUAACGUUCGAUUUACAAUGACAGGUGGCAUUUUUAAUAUAGUGAAUCUUAACACCGGUCAAAGCCCGAAGCCCAGAAUUAUGUAGUGUUAAAUGACACGUCAGCGAAUCAGGCAUCAGAGGAACAGCGUGUGUGUGGUAUUUUUAGGUGUUUGCUGUUAACAUCUCUAUUCUUGCACUGCUAUAGCUCAGUAAGUCUUUAUGCAUUUCAUGUGAUGUUACGUAGUUCAAAAUAAUCCACUUGAAAUCUUAGAGACGAUAAUGUGGAAUGUUUUUUGUCAACUAUAGAUACUGCCUUUUUUGAUUUACACAUCCCACGAGAAGAAUCGGGUCAUGUGAUUAAGAGGAUAAACUUGAGUCUGUUGUAACCUAAUGAACAUUCUGUCUUUGUAAAUAAGAAUGAGUGGUCUAGGUCAGAGGCCUUUUAGAGGAUUUUAGACAUUUCUUCCUUCCAGAUUAAGCUCCUUUGUGAACAUAGCUAAACUUAGGUGGAAUGGGUCACUAUGUCUCUACUGACCAGAAAAGCAUUUAUGGACUUUUGAAUCUACCAUUUAAUUGCAUUGUUUUCUCAGUUUCUACAGCCAGGUUUUGUGGUCACUAUAAGCAUAUUCUAUACAUAUUCUGUAAUGUGCGAAAACGUGCAAGUUAAACGUUCAUGUGUGAGUAAGAUUCACUGGAUUCAUUGGAAUCUACUCUAUUGUGAAAUAAUUUGUUUUGAAUAAUCUGCUUGUUUGGGCACAGGUGAAUGAAACAUGGAAAGAAAAUAUGGAGAAGCAUACAAUUCAAAUUUGUACAGCCUGUGUUACUGAAGGAAAUAGACAUUGUUAAUGGAGACCCAGCCCAGCUCAUUCUUCAUGACUAUUAUGAAAAUUCAAAUAUAAAGUGACGUGAUGAGAGGUUUGCCCACAGGUGGGGGUUCAAGUCUAAGUCAGUUUCCUACCAGCAUUUUAUGGCAUUCUGCUUUUAAUGAUGUUAUUUUAGAAUUAUAUUUUAUUUAAAUUUUGCACUCAAAUGAAGAUGAAAAUAAUGUGAAACAUUUACAUUUCAUUUAUUGUGUUGAUUUUUCCAUACUCUUGAAUGAUGAGAUAUUACACAUUUUAUUUUUAAUUUAUAAUACACAACUGUUUGGAUUGAGGGUCAUGCUUUUUGCUCUUUGGAGUUUUCAACCGCUUGAAAAAUUUAUAAACUAAUAUCACUCCUAAUGGAUUUUUGCUAUCUAAACCAAAACCAGAGUGAGUUAUAUUAGAAGACAUUAUCCAAAUAAUUAAAUAUCUUACCUUCACCCAAAUUAUCUUAUUGUAUACGUUUCUUCACAGCAGACCUUCCAAAACCAGAUAUUGGAUUUCUGCUGCUGGAUUUGGCAUUGUAAAUAAGAAAAUUAUACCAUGGAGUAAGCUGAUCUUCAGUCCCAUCCCACACUGGACUUGGAGAAGUCUGAAUUAUUUUGAAUAUUUUGUUCUGGAAAAUUACCAUGUAUUGUAGGCCAUCUGAUUAAACAAGUCAAAUAAUAAAAUUACAAAUGACCCACAAAA